UCCAAAACUUGUAACUCUCAAAAUCAGAGACACCCACAAAGAAAAUAACGGUAUUUGGAUAGAGAAGGCCAUGGAAUGUUCUGGCAAAGUCUUUAACAUUAGAGUCUGAGAUACCCAGAAGAAAUAUAUAUACUGGAAGCUGAUCAUCAGUGAAAAGUUUCAUGGGUUUAUCUGUUUUCAGUGCUUUUGUUGUGGCUUUCUUGGUGGUUUUGGAUGGUAUUCAAGAGGGAUAUGUGGAAGUUGAAGCGAAUCCCAAGAAUUAUAUCAGUUGGGAUGAUAUGAAAGUGGAUGUGCAUAAGGCAGGAUUGGACAUCAGAGAGUUUAAUUAUGAAAGAAGUCGGGUUAUUGUGGUCGACAAGAAUGGUGAAGGGGACUGUCUAACGGUUCAGGCAGCGGUUGAUAUGGUUCCAGAGCAUAAUACAGAAAGAGUCAAAAUUUAUAUUCACUCUGGUAUAUACAGAGAGAAGGUAUUUGUGCCAAGUUCGAAGCCAUAUAUUUCAUUCAUAGGGAGUCAGAAUCAAUCGGCCGAUACAAUAAUUACUUGGAACAAUAAAGCAUCCGAUAAAGACCAAAACGGAGCUCAACUUGGAACCUAUAGAUCAGCUUCUGUAGCAAUAGAAUCCGAUUACUUUUGUGCAACUGGAAUCACUUUUGAGAACACAGUAGUUGCAGUGCCCGGAGGAUAUGGAAUGCAAGCAGUGGCACUUAGAGUAGCUGGUGAUAAAGCAGUGUUCUAUAGAGUUAAGAUUUUGGGGACACAGGAUACCCUCUUAGAUGAUGCUGGAUCACACUACUUCUACCAGUGUCACAUUCAAGGAAGUGUGGACUUCAUCUUUGGAACAUCAACAUCACUCUAUCAGGACUGUGUCAUUCAAUCAACUGCCCAAAAUUGGGGAGCAAUUGCAGCCCAUCACAGGGAUUCACCAUAUGAUACUACAGGGUUCUCUUUCGUGAACUGCACAAUCAUUGGAACUGGCAAUAUCUUUUUGGGAAGAGCUUGGGGAAAUUAUUCAAGAGUGGUAUACUCAUACUGUAAUAUGGAUAAUAUCAUAACUUCCUCAGGAUGGAGUGACUGGAAGCAACCAUCAAGGCAGAAGACUGUAGUGUUUGGGGAAUACCAGUGCAGGGGCAGAGGAGCAGACACAAGUGGUCGUGCGCCAUGGUCGAAGUCUUUCAGCAAUGAGGAAGUUAGGCCUUUUCUGGACAAGAAAUUCAUUAGUGGAGAACAAUGGCUUAGGCUGUAGUGCUUGUCUCACGUAACACGUUCAUCAGGGAUUCAUAGGCACCGCAAUUUUGAUUUUUCUC